GCCGAGCCAUACCGUACCGAGCCAUACCGUACCGAGCCAUACCGUACCGAGCCAUACGGUACCGAGACAUACCGUACCGAGCCAUACGGUACCGAGCCAUACGGUACCGAGCCAUACGGUACCGAGCCAUACCGCACCGUGCCAUACCGCCCCGCACCGCGCCGUGCCGUGCCCCACCGCCGCGAUGAUGCCGGGCAGGACGCUGAGGAAGGCCGCGCCGCCCGCCGCUCCCGCAGAGCGGGAGGCGGUGGCGGAGUGCGCCCUGCAGCUGCGCAGGAUCGGCGACAAGUGGGACCUGCGGCAGAAGAUCCUGAACCUCCUCACAAAGCUGUUCUGCCCGGAAAGGUGAGCUCCCCUCGGACACGGCGCGCCGGAAAGUGGGGGAAGACCUUGGCUUUGUGGAUUUGGAACCAGGGACUUCACUGACACUGGGAGAUGAAGAAAGCUCUUUGCGUUGUAUUUUGCUGCCUUUAGCUGCUGAACGAUGGCUGUCGCAACAUGAUUUCUCUGAAGAAUGUUACAGCAAUAUUGGGAUAUGAAUGCCAGGUGGAAAAAAAAGAUAGCGAUGGGGAGACUUGGGGCAAGACAGAACUUGCCGUUCAGUCUGAUGUGAGAAUACUUAGAGGAGCCUGGUUUCCCCAGGCACACGCCGGUCCUCCUGUCCCACAUCUAUGUUCCACCAAGGAGCUUGGACCACCUUUGGGAAGGAGGCGAAAAAAGUGUCAGUGUCUUGGAACUCGGGAUUGCACAUCACAAGGCGAAAGCCAGUUGCUCAGUUUCUGAAUGCUCUUGUUUUCUAAAGCAUGAAUUCUGCUAGACAGGGAUUUGGUGGUGGGAUUAUUUAAUUUGUUAAAUAAACCAGUAUCUUUACUGAAAGGUUAUUUGUUACAUGAUGAUGCUUUGUGGACUAAAAUUUACAGUUCUAUGGAUUAACUAGAUGUUGCAUAGUUCUAGUCUAUAUUUUUUAUAUAUAUGUAUAUAUUUGUAUAUAUAUAACAUAUAUAUAUAAAAAAUAUAAGUAUGUGCACCCUGUGUGUAUGAAAUGAUUAUUUCACAUAACUAUUAAUUGAAUGCUACUUGUUAGGGUCAAAAAAUAGUAUGAAAAAAUGUUCAAAACAUGACACGAAAAUACAUUAUAUUAAAUAGAAGUAAGCAUGAUGUCCUGUGAUAAUAAAUACAUCAUGCAACACAGAGGGGAGCAUACUUUAGCAUAGCAUUACAUAAGACAUAUUGAGGUAUGUGUGUUUGGUGGAAGGAUACUUUCAACAUUACAAAGAUUUUCUUGAGAACUGUACAAUACUGCUCUGUCUUUAUAAGUAACAAAAUAAUGCUUCAAUAGAAGUAGAUCUUAAAGUUGAAUCCAAGUUGAAUCUCAAUUUUUCUUGAGAAUAUUAUUUAUUCAAAGAAAGAAACUACCUCUCUUUGAAGAAAUAAUACCAAUAGAACUAAAUGUUAUGGUUCAUACAAGAAAGUAGCCUUCGAUUUCUGAAUGUUUAACUAUGCUUACAAGUGAAGGUUCUUCUCUUGUACUUUAUUUCCAUUUCAUUUCAUGGCAACCUCAUUUCAGUUCUGGAAUGAUGAAGCCACUGUAGCACAUCCAGGGGAUAUUGAUGCAUUAUGCCUGUCUCACUGAGGGGUUAUUACGCUUGGCUGGCUUUGGAGGAGCUGAAUUAAGCUGGUUGCCAUCAAGGUAAACAGUAACUCUGCUAGUCAAUGCAUGCCAGACAUGAUCCUAAGCAGUAUUUUUUGGUGGGUGCAAGCUAGCAAGAAAAUGGUUGAAGCUUAUCGUGUUUUGUAGGUACCUCUUAGGUCAAUGGUCAGAGUUCUUUCUCUUAACUAACCUUGUAUAUAAGUACAUUUGCAUUGUAUGAGGUCUGCUCAAAUUAUGGGGUUUUUUCCUGCCUUGUAGUGAAUUCUUGUUUGUAUGUGUAAUUAAUUUUUCAGUUAGCUCUUCUGAAACUACCUUUGCAAAAUUGUCAUUACAUAGCUCCGGACACUCUGUCACAACCAAUGGUGUAUGGCUGUUGCUUCUUGUCACUGAUCGCACUAAGCAGAAGACGAUUUUGCCUGCUUUCUGCAUGGAGGACUUAACCCCAUCCUGGUGAUGUUACUGGGAGAUUUGCCAUUGGCUUGAGCCACACGCACAGUUCCCUCCUCCUCGAAGCCAGCUAAUACCUUUUCAGUGAGACCAUAAUGUUUCAAGAAUAGUUGUUAUUUGUCUUGUACUGCAAAGUAAUGUGCUUUGCUGACAUGUACAGAGGUUGUUUUUUCUGAUACUAAAAAGUAAAUGCAAAGAGUUUCUCUUUGGCUGAACACCAGCUCCCAGGCUAGCGCUGCGUGCAGCUCAGCAAAGCUGAUCAUCAGAAGGCAGCUCCUACUUCAGAAGAAGGGCUCCUGAUGUACGUCCUGGGCUUGGUGGAAUCUUGGGAGUCUUCAUCAAGGACACUAAAUAAUUAUCGUGCCUGUCUGGGACUCUCAGGAAAAUUCAGCAUUAGCAUUCACAUUAGUAACUGAAGUGUAUUUGAAUAAAAGUGUUCUGCUCAAUGUAUGAUGCUUUGAAAUUCAAUAGGAAAUGAGGUGCAGACUUCAUAGAGCCUGCCCAAUUCUUCAGGCUGUAGCACACAUGACUGUUAUGAAAAGAAGUAUCACCAUAAAUGCAUUGUCAUGGGGAUAUCUAAGUAUGAUAGCAGUAUUUUUCUGUCUAGAUCUGCAAAGACUAUUUUGCUUUUUUGGUUUACGUUUCUCUGAGCUUUGUCGAGAGUGCUAGCAUUCACUGGGACCUCAGGAAAAACGACCUAGAUCCAAGUGGUCAGGUCCAGUGCCAGUAUAUGGGCAAGCACUAGCUGAUGCCCUCCAUAGGAUUCCGUUUGCUACUUCUGCAAAGGAUCUGCUAUAUGACUGUAUCAACACAAAUUUGUUCUUCUUAAGGCCUACUCUGGUUAUGGGCCAGAUGUUUUGCCAUGUAUGUAUGUCUUGAAUUCUUGCUGACAUAAUAAACACAAAGUGUUUGCGAGAAAAA